AUGUAUUACCGAUCGUCAUCAUCAUCAUCAGGAAAUUCUCUUUUAAAACAAACACUUGAACCAUUGAUCAUCAAUCAUAACAAGCAAACAGAAACUGUGUAUGGCUACAUCGGAAAUAUAACAGAAUUAGCAAAGGAAAUUGAGGGUUUACAUCUACCGGGUGAUCCCGAAUAUGCAUCAUUACAGGAUCAUAUUCAGCAAUUGGAUGGAUGUGUGAGAGAAUAUUUGGACAUGUUGAGAAUUUCUGAAGGGCAUACGAAAACACUUCAACAAAUUGUUGAUAGCAAUACUAGCGACUAUUCAAAAUUAGAAGAAACAUAUGACAGAUUAGUAAAAGCGAAUACUGCAAAACCAUAUGACGACGAAAGCAUCAAACAAGAAGAAAUGUAUCAAACGUUUAGAUUGGAAGUUCUACGAGUGCAUGAUCCGACUGGCGAGUUAGAUUGGAAUAAGGCUCCAGGUGAAGAUGAUGAAAUCAUGCUCACACAACAAACCCUGGUCGUGACAUGCCCAUGGACAAGAUCUUACUUUGUAGACCCAAUAGAGUGCAUUCGUUGUCAUCACUUUUAUGAAAAGACAGAGGCUAUGACGCGAAUUAGAAGAUACGGUUUUUUUGAUUGUCCUGUUGCUGGCUGCACCGAAAAACGUAUCACUGAAGCUCAUUUGAAACCAAAUCCAAAGAUGGCAUUUAAGAUUAAGCAAGAAAUUGCGAGAAUUGACAGAGAGAAACGAGAAAAGGCAGCACAGGAAGCUGUCGAAUUGUCUGAGGAAGAAGACCAGUAA